GGCAGAGCUACGCGCCUGCGCACGGCGAGGCUCGCCGCGCGACCUACUCACAUCCUGCUUCGUAAUAUUAAUGAGCGACAAGGCCAGCGCCGCCUCUGAUUGGCUCCCGAAGCCAGUUUCCAGGACAACCGAAACAAAACGAACAGUUUCAUUGACUACAGAAGUGAACAAGCCCUAUAGCUGUAGACACAUUGAAUAAUACUUCAACUUAUUUGUUUUCUAUUGAAAAAUGGACGGAGAGCCAGAAAAUGAAGAGAGUGAGGUGAAGAAUGACACAGACAGGGUGGUGUUAGCAGAAACCUCCAAUGAGGAGGAACUAACUGUUAAUAGUCACGAAGGUGUCCCAGCUGAAAUGGCUGCAUCAGGUGAUGAUGAAGAACACUCUGAAAGUUUGAGGGUCACUGAAGAGGCCCCCGUUGAAGAAGCAGCCCCCUCUGAGCCAGAAGAGAACAGACUGGAUGAGCUCCCUGCUGUCGACAACAUCACCACAAGUGAAGACGUGGAUGUGACCAUGAAUGAAGUGAAUGGACAGACAAUGUCCAAUCAGGAGAGUGUUGUUUUUGAGGUUAACAGCAACGAGGACAAUGGCUCUCCCAGACUGCACCUCGAGAGCCCGGAGAGGGAGAACAUCAGUCCUACACAGGAGGAGGAAGACGAGGCUGAAGAAGAGGAACCCACUGCUGCUGCUGCUGCCCCUGCAGACAAGGAGGACAUCAACUAUGAAGAAUACAUGAAGCUCCUGCAGGAGCUGUGUGAGGAGAGAGAUAAAGCCAGCCUACACAGCAGCCAGCUGCAGAUGAAGCUGGCUGAGUACUUCCGCAAGAAGGCCGGGGACGAUGUUGAGCUGGAGAGGGAGCUGCCGGGGUCAGAGCAGCUGCAGGAGUAUGAGAGACACAUUCACCUCCUGACUGACCUGAAGCAGCAGCUCACUGCUGACUCAGAGACAGCUCAGCAGCAGGCAGAGGAGCUGAGCUUACAGUCCCAAGAGAAGCUGGACAAGGUAGAAAAUGAAUGGCGAGCGUUCAUGGCACUGAAGCAGGACGUAGCCGUGACAGCUCUAAGCCGACGCCUGGGUAAACAAGCCGCUCAGGCCAAAGUUGUGUCAAUCCUGGCAGCAGAGCAGCUUCGCCAGGACGAGCUGAUCAAGCUGCGCCUCAAGCACAUCAAGCUGAGGAGCAAGAUUCACAGGCUGGAGGCAGAGCUCCGUGACGGGGAAGAACACGCCAGGGACCCCUUACAGCUCCAGUUUGAGCACCUGCAGGCUGAGAGGCUGGAGCUGAAAAAACAGGCCGAAAAGCAACACGAGGAGUCGUUAAAGAUGCAGAAAAAGAUCAGCAGCAGCUUGGAGCUCCUGUCAAACAUAAAAGAGAAGCUGUCCUGGAGCCAGAUGGAGGUCCAGGCCAAGCGAGAGCAGCUUGCCGAGGUGGAGGCCACUGUGGCCAAGAAGAGGGACCUCCUGAGCAGGACAAAGCAGGCACGCAACAGCCUGCAGAGAGACAACCUGAGGCUGAAGGAGCGUCGUGGACUGCUGGGGAACAGGGUCCUGCUGCGGGACUUUGAGGACACUGUGGACGCCUCCGACCAACUGCAGGAACGACUGGAGAAUCUGAAGGGCCGGCAAGCGGAGAUUGUCUUCAGCUGUGGCAGAUGGAAGAAGAAUAGGGAGACAAAUUAUUGAAGGAAUAAAUGACUGAUUGCAAAGUA